AUGUCUUCGGCGUGCGUGGCAAUUUGGUGUGGCGCGCGAUCUGAGCUCAUCGACGGACAUUACACACCCCCUCCUGGCGGUCCUCCGGGGUAUGGUGGCGGCUACGGCGCACCUGGAGGCUUUGCACCUCUUCCGGGCCCUCCUCCUGGUGCUGAUCCUCAAUUGUGGAACUGGUUCAGCGCUGUCGAUUCGGACAGGUUUGGCCACAUUUCCGCGCCUGAACUUUGUGCGUGGCGUAAUGAUAUGUGGCGUCGCGGGCCGGCACGUGUCGCAUUGCGUCAAUGUGACCGGAUGCGUUCUCCGAUCGCGUCUGCACUCCUUGCCUCCCACCAACGCUGCUGCCCCCACUCCCGCGGCCCCUGCCUGCACAGCACAUGCAAUCUUAACGCACGCGUCCCGAAGAAGGGUGAACAUGUCGGGGAAUUGCGCGCGUAUCUCGCCACUGCCACCUCCGCCGCAGUGAGACAUGGAGAGAUGCACGCGCAGGUCCUCUGUACGAGGUUGCGCGGAAAUUCCAGCCCCCGCGUUGUCGGCAACGACGCGAUUGCUAGGCGCGUUGCGUGGGUCUUCUUGAACCUGGAUUGUACACGACCCUCUCGCGUCGAUCAUGCCUGCAUCGCCCGUCAAGCUCUCGCCUGGAAACAAGCACACCCACCUCCUUCAUGUCCAUUCGCGCUCGCCCCACCCUUCACCGCCGAUCAAAAGUCUCCGUUCCUCGCAUGCGUGCUGAUGUGCAGCAUUUCCCCUUUAGUCUGCGUCCACGCGACCAAAUGCACAUAG